AUGCUCAAACAUCUUUAUGAUACAGAUUGUGUGACAUGGUCCCCUCAAGGAAAGUUGUUCUAGGUCGAAUAUGCUAUGGAAGCUGUCAAAUAGGGAAGCAUUUGUUUAGGACUCAAAUCAAAUGAAAAUGUUGUCUUAUGCAGUCUUAAACGAUAACCUUCUGAAUUAGCUGGUUAUUAAGAAAAGCAAUUCAAAAUCGAUGAUCAUAUGGCUAUUGCUAUAGCUGGAUUAACAGCUGAUGCUAGGGUGCUCUGUAAAUAUAUGAGAACAGAAUGUUUGGAAUACAAAUACACUUAUGAGUCCCAUCAUCCAGUUGGAAGACUAGUAUUCAAAGUUGCAGAAAAAUCACAGCAUAAAACAUAGAGUGGAGCCAAAAGACCUUAUGGAGUAGGAUUAUUGGUUGCAGGCAUCGAUCCAAAUGGAGUGCAUUUGUUUGAGACAUGUCCAUCAGGAAACUAUUAUGAAUACAAGUGCCAAGCCAUAGGUUCAAGAUCACAAGCUGCUAGAACCUAUUUUGAAAGCUGGUUCCAUUUAUUUGAGAAAAGUACCUUAGAAUAGUUAAUUUUACAUGGUUUGAGUGCUCUUAAGAAGGCAAUCAUGGAAGAUGAAGAAUUAAAUGAAAGAAAUGUCGAAGUGGGUAUCUUAGGCAAAAAUUAGAAAUUUGUUCACCUCAAUGCCUAAGAAUUAAAAGACUACAUAGCAAAAUUAGAAACAUUUAAUGCAAACACUUAAAUUUAAUAAGAGUGAUGAUUAAAUAAUAAUAUUGAUAUAUUUAUAUAGAAACACCUAUGGUCCAA